GCCGGGAUUUGCUUCCGGCCUGAAGCUGACACCGGCGCAGGGAGAGAGCCGCGGGAGGCGGUUGGGGCCAUGAGCAGGUGAUACGGUGACGAACUCACAGAUGCUGCCCCGAUCGCUGCCGGACGUCGUUGUUUCAGCCGAGGAUGAACAAGCCCAGAGACUUGCAGCAUGACCUGGAGCGGAGCCUCCCAGCCAUUGCGUCCAUGAGCACCUCCCUCUCACAGAGCCAGGGCUUCUCCCCGCACUAUUACUUCCCCCCGGAGAAGAGGAAAGCCAUCUCGGACGUCAGGAGGACUUUCUGCCUCUUUGUCACCUUUGACCUGCUGUUUGUCUCUCUGCUGUGGAUAAUUGAGCUGAAUACCAACAAUGGCAUUCAGAAGAACUUGGAGAGCGAAAUCAUUGAGUACCGGUUUAAAACCUCAUUCUUUGAUAUAUUUGUCUUGGCUUUUUUCCGGUUUUCUGUGUUACUUCUGGGCUAUGCACUCUUAAAACUGCGCCACUGGUGGGUCAUCGCGUUCACUACACUGGUGUCCAGUGUCUUCCUCAUCGUGAAGGUCAUCCUCUCUGAGCUGCUAGCCAAGGGGGCUUUUGGGUACUUACUUCCCAUCGUCUCUUUCGUUAUCGCCUGGCUAGAAACUUGGUUCCUGGAUUUUAAAGUCCUAUCUCAGGAGGCGGAAGAGGAACGAUGGUACUUGGCAGCGCAGGCCGCAGCCUCCCGGGGCCCUCUGCUCUAUUCCGGAGCCCUCUCUGACGGGCAGUUCUAUUCCCCUCCGGAGUCCUUUGCAGGAUCGGACAACGAGUCUGAUGAAGAAGGUGUGGGGAGGAAAGCGUUAACAGCCCAGGAGAAGGAAUACGUCCAACAAGGCAAAGAAGCAAUGGAGGUUGUGGAUCAAAUCCUCGCCCAGGAGGAAAACUGGAAAUUUGAAAAAAACAAUGAGUUUGGCGAUGUUGUUUACACCAUUGAAAUUCCUUUCCACGGCAAGACCUUUAUUUUAAAGGCCUUCAUGCAGUGUUCUGCUGAAACAGUCUACCAGGAGGUGAUUCUCCAACCUGAGAGGAUGAUCCUGUGGAAUAAAACGGUGGCAGCUUGCCAGAUCUUACAGCGGGUUGAAGAUAACACCAUUAUCUCCUACGAUGUUGCAGCAGGAUCUGCAGGGGGUGUAGUGUCACCCAGGGACUUUGUAAACGUGCGUCGCAUUGAAAGAAGACGAGACCGCUAUAUUUCCUCAGGGAUGUCAACCACUCACGCUUUGAAGCCUCCGCUGUCCAAAUACGUCAGGGGCGAGAACGGGCCAGGAGGCUUCAUUGUACUGAAAUGUGCCAACAAUCCCAAAGUUUGCACCUUCAUCUGGAUCCUCAACACGGAGCUCAAGGGUCGGCUUCCCCGUUACCUUAUCCAUCAAAGCCUGGCAGCUACCAUGUUCGAGUUUGCGUUCCACCUGCGGCAGAGGGUCAGCGAGGGGUCGGGCAGGCCUUGAGCAGCAGCGCCCGACCCUCCACGGGACAGUCCUUUACCCUCUCUCAGUGCAGAGUGGGGAACAACUUCCAAGGAGCCGGAGUGAGCCUGCCACGGAGCCGCCUGCGUGGAAUGCAGACCUCUUCCUUCCCCCCAGGAAGGGCUGAGCCAGACCAUGUACCAGGGAGAUGGCUAUCCUGGCAACAGUACUAACACUGGAGCAACCUUUGCAAGAAUGCAGAAAGGGGGGUGGAUGCCUUGAGAGGCCUCAGUCCCUCCCCACUCCCGCAGAUCCCUUUCUCUUCACCCCUCCAAUCAAGGAUCAAACUAACUGAGCCGCUAUGGGAAUCAAUGGAGCCUUUUGUGAUUUUAAACGUGUGCCA